CAAUUUAAUUAGCUUUGUGAAUAAAAAUUUGUAAUUUGGUGCUUAAAAUUAAAAUACUGUAAUUAAGAGUAAGCACUGAAUUUAUAUAACAAUUAAAUCAUAAUUUUAGUUGUUUAUUUGGAAGCAGCAAUUAAACCCUUUCUCCAACAACAGGAUUCUCUCAUUCCGCGCCUUGAAGGUUUCGUCUUUGUAAAUUGACUUGUAGCUGUAGCCAUGAAGAGGCCUGCAUCUAGUCAGCAAGUAGAGAUUUCAUCAGACGAUUCGUCUUCCUCUGAAGCAGAAAAUGAUGUUUUGCAGAGCCAGCAGUCAAAUGUAAAACCUACCUUGGAACUGUCUUCUGAAGCAUGGCUGUUUAGAAGAGCAAAAAGCUACCAGGAAUACAUGAAGUCAAUCCCAAUACCGAUUAUGCGUGGCGCUGUUAUUCCAUACAUAUCAUGGACUGGACUGGGAGCGUCGAUGAAGCAGAUGUAUGAGCAGCCUCUGCACUACCUCACCAACAUCCACUUGAAGCAGAUGGACAGGGAGAGGCUCGGAGCAGAGGAUGAGGACGUCUCACUCGACUUGAUCAUUCAUCCCUGCAAAGCCGAGGCCACCAUCUGGCUCAUGGAAGAGAUACACCGACAAACCUCAUCUCCGCAGCAUCUUGCUCGGGUCUGGUCAGCUGAUCCUAUGUAUCACACCUUUAUCGACGCCAUUUUCCCCAAGCUUGGAUCUUGACUUGGCCUAUUUUGUAGCUUUGUUUUCAAGGUGUUUGUGUGUGUGGAAUUAGUGUAAUCUCUUGUUAUCUCUAACAACUUUUCUCUCUAUCA